AUGCCUUCAACUAAUAAACGUACAAAACAAGAACAACAAUUAGAUGAUGAUGAUAAUAAUAAUCAAGAUAAAUUCCAAACUAUUCAAAAUGAUGAAUCAUUAAUAAAUAAAGCAAAAAAAGUAAAAUCAACAGAUAAACGACUAAUUGUUGUUCUUGAACAAGCCAAUUUAGAAACAAUUAAAAUUGGAAAAGUUUAUGAAUUACUUAAUUGUGAUCGACAUAAAAAUCAUCUUUUAAAAUAUAAACGAGAUCCAAAUUCAAAUGCACGACCUGAUAUAACACAUCAAUGUUUAUUAAUGUUACUUGAUUCGCCACUUAAUCGAGCUGGAUUGUUGCAAGUAAGAUAUUCAACUAAAUUAACAAUAAUACGGUGUCUAUUUUACCGAUUUGAUUUUAAUUUCUUUUCUAUAAAAUUCUUUUAUGUACAUCAUGUAGCCGUUAAUUGGAUAUAA